AACGAAAAAUAGAAGCAAUAAAAGAUGCUUGGCGACGUCUAUAAUGAUGAUUUCGACGACGAUUACAAUAAACUAGACGAGGAACUGGAUUUCGAGGUGGGUGAGUUCUUUCGAGAAAAUUUAAUAAAAACAAGAAAAGCUGUUACAAAUGAGGAUUUCAACAAAUUCGCUGCUCUGGGCUCAAAUGGCGCACGAGUCGCUUUCAUCCUUAAUUAUGCAGAGGCGCACGAACUGCCUGUUGAGGUGGAAAAUUAUGAAAAAAAGAACGAAACGAAGACCGAUAUAAUUAAAAAUACUGGAAAUAGGGCCUUCGGCUUAGGUCACUAUGAGGUUGCAAUAGAGGAGUACAAUAAUGCUAUUCUCGCUGCACCGAAAGAAAAAUUAGGAGUGAUCCUGGCAAACCGUUCGGCAGCAUUUUAUCACUUGGAUAAAUUCGAACUCGCCCUUGGCGAUUGCAAUGAGGCGCUAAUGGUCGGCUACCCGAAACACUUGCGAUACAAAUUGGAAGAACGUCGCGCAAGAUGUUUCUUGGGACUUAAAUGUCACGCGAAUGCUAUGAAUGCAUUUAAAAAUGCACUGCUAUAUCUCGAUGACGCUCAAAUUACGGAUAUAAAGAAAAAGAAGCACGAGACGGAUAUACGAAUAAUGUUGGGGGUUAUGGAAAAGGGUCGGCAACAAUUGAAGGAGGCACAGCAGGGUCUCACUGACGCAAACAUAAUCGAGAUCGAGAACAGCAGGUUAAAAAGUGAGGAUAAAAUACCAAGUAUCAAAGUACGUAAUCCCAUAUACCCAUCGUGUAGUGCUUCUAUAGAAAUUAGACAAUCAUACGAUGAUGUUGGAAGGUACGCCGUGGCGGUAAAGGAUAUUGAGCCAGGCGAUGUUUUGGUCGUAGAAAGGCCACAUUGUUCCUCACUUUUAGAAGAAUAUCGCGGAAAACAUUGUCACAGAUGUUUAAUUCGGAAUGUCGCACCCUUCCCGGCCAGCUGCUAUACCUGCAGCUCGGUUGCCUACUGCAGCCCUAAAUGCCAAAAUCUCGAUAAAAUGAUCCACAAUGUCGAAUGUCAGCUGCUUGGAGCUCUCUGGUGCUCACAUGCAUCGAUCACUUGCAUCUUGGCGAUACGCGCUGUCAUUCAAAAACCCUUCACAGAAUUUAUUAAAAUUCAUCAUAAGAUUAGGGAUAAAACUGAUGAAUUACAGAUUUCUAAAGCUAAACCUUAUCUUAGCAAGGAUUAUAAAGCAUUCUACAAUCUAGUCAGUCAUGAAGAUAAGCGAACUACCGAAGACUUAUUUCACAGAGCUUACAUAGCUGCUUGGUUGCUUAGAGUUUUAAAAACAUCGUCUUAUUUUCCACUAACUGCAAAUAAAACAGAUAGUGCAGAAGUAGAACUUUCGGAAGGUGAAUUAGCCGUGGCAGAUGCUAUUCUGCAUCAUCUUCAAUUACUUCAAUUUAACUCUCACGAGAUAUCAGCAUUCGUCAGAAGUGAACGAAACGCCGACUUAUCAAAAGGAAUAAACUUAUUUAUUGGUGGUGGAGUUUACCCCACCGUAGCGCUUUUUAAUCAUGCUUGUAAUCCUGGUGUUGUAAGAUAUUUCGUUGGUAACACAAUAAUCGUCCGAGCUAUAAGAUCAAUACCGACUGGUAAUGAAAUUUCGGAAAAUUACGGUCCAAUAUUUACUGAAGUUGAAGAAGAUGAAAGAAAGAGAGUACUACGUAUGCAGUACUGGUUUGAUUGUGAUUGUGAAGCAUGCAAAGAUCACUGGCCUCUUUUAAAAAAUAUUGAUUCAAAUAUUUUAAGGUUUAAAUGUUCUACAGGUUCAUCUUGCGCAAACAUUUUAUCAAUAAAUAUGGAUUCAGAAACAUUUAUAAUUCCUUGUUCGAAAUGUGGACGAAAUACAAAUAUUAUUAAAGGUCUCAAAGCCCUUCAAGAUACAGACAUGCUGUAUAAAAUGGCAACAAAUAAUAUCAAAUCUGGUAAUCAUAAAGAUGCUCUGAAUCAGUAUUUAAAAAUCUUAAACAUUCUGGAUGAGACGUUGGCUCUUCCAAUGAAAGACUACCAUAUUUGUCAACAAGGAAUUAGGCAAUGUAUGCUUGCCUUAGGAAAUGUUUAUACGGCGCCAAAGCAUUAA